GUCCAGAGGCGCCACGACAGGAUCGACGGCGGCCCGAGGCGUAGCGGCGGAAGUAGGACCAGGGACUCCGAGGCCCGCCUGGCAGCAAAGAAGGCCGCUACUAUCGCUGACGACCGUCGCUCCCGUGACGAGCAGCACGGCAGGCGAGGCGCAGCCAGGCUCCAGCGCGAGGCUGUGCCCCAGCCGUGCAUGCCUGAUGACGCGGACGGGCGGAUCGAGGCGCUCAGGCACCGACCCCAGUGGCUAGGUGAGGCGGCCGAGUGCAAGUACGGGUGCGACCGCUGCAGAGCCAAGGCCAGGACGCCAGAGGACGUGAACGCGGGCUUUUGCAGAGGGCAGCCGCAGGGGGUCGAGGACGCCCACCCGAUGCAUCAGCUCACGAUCAUCGGCAUGCUGGUGCUCUGCGACGGCUGCGAGGCGGGAAGCGGCGGGGGCCAGACAGUGCUGCUGCGAGAGGAGUGCACAGGAGCUGCGUCGGAUAAGAGCUCGCGCACGCGACGGAACGACAUGCGAAGAGGCAAAGAUCCAGUCAUGCUGCAGUUCCUGGGCGACCCCGCCAGAGUGGUCAUGGAGGCCGACCCGCUGGAUCGAAGCCCCAAUGCCGACCUCGGCGCGCGGGCAGUGCACACCGUGGGCAGUGCGCCGGAGGCCAGCCUGGCGGAGGACGGCUGCGACGAGAUGGAGGAGCCCCUCGGGAGCGGCGAGGUGCACGACGAGUGCGCCGUGCUGGAGGAGCCCAGCGGAAGCGACGAGCUGGAGCUGCCCAGCCGUGCGCGCGGGGCGCGCGCGGCGGGGCGCCGACGGGCGGCGAGGACACGACGCCGCCCCGUCCGCCAGCCUGCGCGCUCUCCUCCUCUUCUUCGACGUGCUGUUGGGCCGAUCUAG